CACAACAACAUCGGCAACUCAUUCGCUACGUAACUCGAAUACCUGUCGAACUUGUUUUCAAAUUCUAGAUUUCGCAGGUAUAAAUAAAUAUUAUUAUGUAUUUUGUGAUGCUCUACUUAUUUUUCCGUAAUUAUUAUAAAUGAUGUAUCUUGAAUCUCACCCGUUUUACCCAUGCACUCAAGCAGAGAAACGCGCAAUUCGUAAGGAAGUCGGCAUAAAGGAUGGAAUUUUCCAAGAGGAUAUAGAUGCAAUUUUAGAUUGGUUUUACAAGGAGCCUCACUUAGCUGAUGCAGUUAUAGACCGUGAUUACGUGGAAAACAUGCUAGUUUCUACAAGAUGUUCUCGUGAAAAGUGCAAGAGGAAAAUUGAUAAUUUCUACAGAUACAGGUCUUAUGCGCCGGAACUAAUACAAACGAGAAUAGAACAGCUAUCCAAUCCAGAUUAUGAUCCUUGGUCAUUUUACCGUCAAGCUGCUAUACCCAAACUGUUUAAUGGCAAAAGGAUUUCAGUGUUUCAAUUAACGGAUCCAAAUCCUAGCAAUUUUGAUAGCGAAGUGGCGCUUAGAAAUACAAUUAUGCUUGGAGAUUUAAGACUAAAAUAUGACUACAUGCUGGGAGACAUUUGGAUAAUGGAUCUGUUGAAUGCGACCAUCGGCCACGUGUUACGAGUCAACCUGGCGUUGAUGCAGAAAUUCACACACAUCGUUCAGGACGGAAUAGGUUGGAAACUUUAUGAAGUCCAUAUAGUGAACGCCUCAUCAUUUAGCCAACAUUUUGUGAACCUUUUCAAACCCUUCGUUAAGCCCAAAAUUAUGGAACGUAUUAGGUUCCAUGCAAAUAUGGAGGAGUUACGUGAGUUUAUCCCAAAGCAGUAUUUGCCCAAGGAUUUUGGGGGUGAUCAACCAUCUUUGGAUGAAUUCAAAGAGUUAUAUCGAACAGAGAUGCAAAAGCCGCUUUCAAAGGAUCACUUAAUAAAAUGCUGCCAGCAAGUAUCAAAUGAACAAAAGCGCAACAGUGAUGUAUACAACGAAGACUUUAUUAUGGGAUCAUUCAAAAAACUGGAUAUCGAUUAAGUUGCUGGAAGAAAUCUGAAAAUAAAAUAAAAAAAAGAACAUGAAGGCGAUUACAAGACAUCAUAUUGUUCGCGUCUUCGAUUUGUAGUAUACAAAGAACUAUACAAUAGGGAUUUUGUCAACUUGGAAGUAGGAACAGGGAAGG